GGAGCCGCACCGUCGAGACGAGCGCCAGCCGGGACGCUCUAGGCCUCAUGGCGGUUGUUCCGGGCGGCAUGGAGGAGCGGCGGUACCGGGCGGUGUCGGGGGCGCCCAUCGCGCUGCGGCGCCGCCAGCACAGCGCCUCCUGCCGGGAGCUGGCGGUGCGCGGCCCCCGCCUGCAGCUCCGCUCGCUCAGCGCCGUCACCUCCGCGGUGUGGCUGGCGGCCUACGGGCUCUUCGCGCUCAGCGAGAAUAGUAUGGUGCUUUCUGCUGCUAUAUUCAUCACACUGUUUGGCCUGAUUGUGUAUCUGCACUUUGUGAAAAUUGACCAGGAAUCUCUGUUAAUCAUCGGCUCACUCGGCAUUCAGGUGACUUCAUCCUAUGCUUCAGGGAAGGAGAGCACAACCUUCAUUGAGAUGAGUCAAGUGAAGGAUGUGGUUAUCAAUGAAGCCAUCCACAUGCAAAAAGUUAUCUAUUAUCUGUGCAUCCUUCUCCAGGACCCUCAGGAUCCUCAAGGAGUGUCUGAGGUUGUGCCACUCUUUCAGAAUCCAAGACACAAGACGGCACCACUUACUAAUGACUUUCAAGUUUCAUGAGAAAUACCACUUUUGAUGGAAAAGAUAGCUGCUUAGUCAGAGAUAUUCAGUAUGCAGCUGAACUCCCUGGAGAACAAAAGGGAGGAUUUCUGCCCAAAGCCAUGCUCACCUGAGCCAUCAGAGCCACCAUUUCCAGCGCUAAUUCCUUAUUAACAGGAAACCUUCCACUGGCUAUUUCACUGCUGACUUGGAAGGCCAGCAGCAGCCGUUCCCGGUCUGUCUCGCCUUUAGCCUGGCUCCGAAAAUACAGUCUAAAAAGAAGAGAGAAUUGCAAAAGAAAAAAUUUGUUGUGAACUAACUGAGAAUAGAGGUGGAAAUUUUAAUCAAGAUAGGUAAAAACAGAAGUUCUCUUCCCUGCCCUCCCCCCUCUGCCGCCCCGAGUGACCUUUGUGCAUUAGGAGGGACCUGGACAGAGAUUCAAAAACUGAGCUGUUUCCUUCAUGAACAAGAUUUGGACAAGGAGGCUCAAAGCAUCCUGUAUAGCUCUGGAAGGCACUUGAAUUCUGUAAGCCAGCCACUUCAAGACAGCAAAGCGGGAAGAAACGCAGAAACUUCAUGUCCCCCCUCCCCACCACAAACGGACAAUAUUUAAGACAUGGGCUUUAACUUCUCUGCUUUUUACAGAAUAUAGAGCUGCCUCUGCUCUGAGACAUGGCAAGUGUUUUGCAAGCUUCUGUAUGGCAUCCUGGCCAUUCUUAUAUUCAUUACAACCCUCCGUCACAAAAGAUUGUCAAAUACAGCUAAGAUCCAAUAGGAGCCCAGUUAGCACUUCUUGUUUUUU